AUGGGGUCCCUUACCAGUUGGACAUGCCUGCAACACCUCAAGAGGGAGGCCUCCAGGAAGCAUCCCAACCAGGUGCCCAAACCACCUCAGGUGGCUUCUUUCAGUGCGAAGGAGCAGCAGCUCUACUCCUGCCUCCCCCUGGAUGUCCAAGCUCCUCACUUUAUCUCUAAGGCUGAGCCCAGACACUACCCAAAGGUCAUGACCAUAGAUUGGUACAAAUUUAACACUGAUCUCAGAGGAGUAUGUGUUAUCAUAGACUGUGUGGGUAAUGAUGGAAAGAUGUUGGAACAUACAUUUAAGACUCUUCACUUCAGUGUAGUCCUCCGCAAAUCACUGAGUGUGGAUGACACUCUUUCAACUCUUAGAGGGAUUUUUAGACAGAGAGAGAACCAUGGAAGCGAUGGCUUCAUCUGUUGCAUAAUUAUCCGCGGCACAGCCAGUCAUCUCCUGGCUACAGACUCAUACACUGCAGGUCUACGUCUUGACAUGGUCAGACAUCUUUUCACUGCAGAUGCAUGCCCCAUGCUGGCUGGCAGACGCAAACUCUUCUUCAUCCAGACGUACAGUGUCCCCGAGUUCCAGCUCUGUGCCAGGAUGGAACAUCGGGAUGAGGAUCUGGAGACAGAUGGGUGUGAUGGGCUGUCCAGCUAUUAUUCAGUCCCUACAGACGCAGACGUAUACUGGAGUCACUUUUGGACUGAUGAACAUCAACUCCAGCCAGGACAAGGACAUCAUCACUCCGUUUACCUGAAGGCUCUAACAGAGGCCACGUGAUACAUUUAAUAUUGAUAAACUUUGAAUAAAGCAGCACUCAAUGAGCCGCUC